AUGAGGAAGCUCGUGACGACACCUUCGACUCCGACGACGAUACAACCAGAUUCGCGCGUCGAGGACUGUCUCGUGCAAAUGGCGACCGACUGCGACUUCGAGGGCCAUCGACCCGCGUCACCACGUCGCAAACAGCUGCUGACCCUGCCGGCACAGGUCAACAUUCCCAAGACCCGCAACACCUACUGCAAGGGCAAGGAGUGCCGCAAGCACACGCAGCACAAGGUCACCCAGUACAAGGCUGGCAAGGCCUCCCUGUUCGCCCAGGGUAAGCGUCGUUACGACCGGAAGCAGUCGGGUUAUGGUGGUCAGACCAAGCCCGUCUUCCACAAGAAGGCCAAGACGACCAAGAAGGUCGUCCUGCGGUUGGAGUGCGUCAAGUGCAAGACCAAGUGCCAGCUGGCGCUGAAGCGAUGCAAGCACUUUGAGCUUGGUGGCGACAAGAAGACGAAGGGUGCGGCUCUGGUGUUCUAA